GCAAUUCAUACUAGUACCUAUUCCAUUUCCAUUUCGCUCCAUCCAUCCAUCCAAUGGUUAUCCCACACACUCACAUCCUCGACACACACAUCAGUCGACACUCUGCAAGUGGCAAGAGCUCGACAGAUUUCCAUUUCAUCUUUUAUGGCUCGCUCGGCUUGGCUAAAAGGCUUCUUACGUGGCCAACGGCACUACGGCAGGAAAAACGUUGGAGGAAGAAACCAGGUCAGCCGGGGGUUCAUUGAGCCGGCUUAGUUGCUCAACCGAAAGCAUUUGUGAGAAGCGCAUAAUUUAAAUGAAGUACUGAAAUGAGCCAUAACGGGACAGGGAUAAUAAAUGGGUGAAUACAAUGGUCCAAGACUCUGAGCGAUAUAGUUAUUAAUUAGUAACUUAGCAUGUUGCAUCAAAUGCAUAAAUACAUACGAUCUUCUCUUAGAUCAGUUAUACCAUUUGCUUACCUUUGUUUUUUUGUUUUUAUUUAUUUAUUUUUAUUUUUUUUGUAUUUUUCUGCAGUCUGUUUUCAGUUUUUUUUCGGUUUGGCUUGGCUUGGUUUGGUUUGGGUGGCACAUGCCAUAACCACAACUCCCUGGCUGGCCCCUGCCUUUUGGCCCUCUUCUCUGUUUGGCUGGCGCUGAGUGGCGCCAGUAGCACCCGACAUCGUCACGCUGGAGGCCAAUAGCAAGACCUCAACCCGUAGACAAUUUGUCUUUACUUCUGCUCUUGCCCCGAUGUUGCAGCUAUUUCUUCUCUUUUCCUACUUUGCCGCUUUGUUGUUGUUUUGGUUUUGGUUUUUGUUUUGCAACUUUUUUUUUGUGUGUGUGUGUGUGUGUGUGUGUCUUGUUGCCGCUUUUUUUGCUGCUGCUGCUUUGCGGAUUCGUAUCGGCAACGAGAUCGCCUUGCCCCCUUUGGGGGGUCUCCUGCUGCGUGGAUCUCCUCCCGUUUCUUCCCAGUGUGUGGAUAUUCUUCAGAGAACAUAGCCGAGAAUUUGUGCCCAGUGUAAUAUUUGUACCAUAGAAAUGUGUUGUCAGUUAGUGUUGGGCAAUGUCGUUAUGAUUUGGUAAUACUGUAUAGAGUGACCUUAAAUCGCAGUGCCUGAUUGGCGUAAAUAAGGAUAUUUUUUAAAAGAAAACUUGUAACGUCUCGUAAAUAUAUGCCACAUUUUGUGCGGCAGUUUUCAUCGAUUUUAGCUUAAGUCGAACUAUUUUUUAUAAGUAAUCCACCAACUUGGUAACUGUUCAAGUGUUUUUUUUACGCUUAGUGCCGAUUAGCCACUCCCCCAACCACUGUAGCCACACACAGCGAUCCCAGCAGCAGCCACAGCCUCACCUGCACCUGCACCUGCACACACAUGCCCCCCAAUCCUCGAGUGCAUCCAUGGAUCCAUAGACAACUCCACCCCGAGGCGAGUGCUCGAGCUCGAUAUGGUGAUGGAUAUGCGUGCAGCAUAAUCAUGAAGUCGCUUUGAUCUUCUGUCUGCGCUGUCUCGAAAUAAAUGAAAUGACUCAGACAGGGGGGCAUAAAUUUUGCACUGGCGGCGAGGGAGGUGGGGGCUGGGUAACUGGGGAGCUGCCGGAAAUGUCAUAAGCAUAAAUAUAAUUUUUUGAUAAUUGUGUGUGUCGCGAAGCGUUAAUGGAACUUUAAUUGAAACUCCGGACUGAUUGGGAUCUUCAGCCAAAACAAAUCUCUUUGAAUGGCCAGCAAUUCUAAGGCGAGAUGCAGUGCGAUUUGAUGUCUUCAUCGUUCCAACAACGAGCGUAAUUACGACUUGAUGGCCACUUUAAAUGAAGGGUGGUCUGAAAAUCGGGUCGAGGAGGGGUGUUCCGUACUGGGGGCCAAUUAGCCAAAGGAGAUCGUUAGCUGUCCGACGAUCAUUAGCCUUAACGAGCUGUACAGCCAAUUGCUUGCCAAUUUAUCUAGUUAAUUAUACGGAUUUUCUAUAGUUAGAACUCCUCGCAUAUGCAUGCAUGUGUACUUCAUAUAUAUAUAUUUCUUUUUUUUGUUUAAUUUUAUGAUUUUUAUUUAGAGAGAUGGUACACCCCCCUCUGAAUUCCGCAUUGAGCAACUUUGUUGCGGCGUUUCUUGUUUUUUUUUUUUUUUGGAUUUGUUUGGCUUUCGUCGUCGGCUAAUUGAAUUUGAUAAAAAGCCAGCGAAUGCUUUUAAUUGACCAAACAUUCAGACACUCACACUCACACUCGCCAAUUAUACGGCUGAUAACCCACCCAAUGUGGCCGAUGUGGGUCUUUCGAUUGAGUAAGAGCGCUCUGAACUUCCGCCAGCGGAGUACAAACCCGUAUCCGUAUCUCAGUCCGGAACUGGAGCAGUCAGCACUCGGGAAAUUAAGCAUAUUCAAGACCAUAAAAGUCCACAUUAAUUAUAAAUCUUCCAGAUUAAUACGGACUUAAACCACAGUUCAUGCCCUCAAUAAGACAUUACAUUUUAUACCAUUACAUUCUAUUAAAAACAAUAACAAACAAGAAAACAAAACAAAACAAACAAAAAUAUAACAAAAAAUUCAAUUUUUAAAUAAAUUCAAAUGUAUUUAAAUAAUGAGCAACACUAAUAAGAGGACACACUAAAAAUUAGCCAACACCAAAGUUCAGAGUUGCCAACUUUUUCACACCACGUGACAUUUCGCUGUGUUCGCAAGAAAAAUUUUCAUUGCCUCGGCAAAAAUUCCAAGUGAACGAACGCAAAUAAGUGCUGCAGAAAAUGUGCGAGAAAGCUAAGAAACUGGUGUUUGGGAACUGGAAGGACAACGAAGCCGAUGCAGAAAAGGCUCAGAGUUCGAAGUAUGCGAGUUGGGGCUCCAGCGCUUGUGAUACAAGCGGCCAGUCCCGGUCUUUACAAUACUCCAGCUCUGUCUCCGCGUCCCACUUCGUUGCGGAAAGGCGUUUCGAAAUACGCCACGGAAUUCGGGGACAGAAACCAAAGUUGAAAGUCCGGAGCCAGAGUUCCAGUGGCCCGCGCUCUGCUCGCGGAUCUUCCAAGUCUACGUCGAAAAGGAGGAGCAUGAGUGAAGGCAGAGGAAAAUUUAAUUUGCGGUCCAGUUCGGAGUCUUCUGAUUCCGGAUCCGACUCGAGUUCCGGCUCGGAAUUGGAUUCGAAAUCCGGCUCGUCAUCCGAUUCGGAAUCCACUACGGGAUCAAGUUCUCACGGUACCGAUAUGGGAGGGAAACCACGACUGCAGAGCGCUGUUUGUCGCAUUCAUGAAACUUGGCAAUCGGCAAAUUCUUCCAAGUCCGUGAAAACCUAUCGUAAACAUUUUCAAUCAAGAAGCAGAAGCAGCAGUCUACCGCGCGCAAAGCGCGUUUGUCCUUCGAAGCCCCAAAGAGAUCUGACGUACGGGAGUCCGGAACCCAAAAGUCCAGCCAAUCGCGGCCGCAAUUCCUGGAAGAAGAGUCAAUCGAGGAGCAUGAGUUGCAGCCCCAUUCCAAAGGUUUCGGUAAACCGCUCCUUGACCAGAAGCCGCAGUACCCAUUGGAAUACUUGGUCCCAAAGCAAAAGCCUAAGUCCGCCUACCUGGAAGCUGCCGAUGGAUGAGGGGUAUAAUAAUGACGUUCAUUAUCGGGAACGCCACAAUAUCACCUUGACCAGCUGGGAUGGGCGAGAGCAUCCGGAGCCUGUGCUGAGUUUCGAGCGCAGCGGAUUCAAUGCAACCAUAUUACAGCAACUGGAGGAUCAAGGCUUUGAUGCGCCCACGCCCAUCCAGGCGCAAACUUGGUCGAUUGCCGAGGAGGGCAGAAAUAUUGUGAUGAUUUCUGGAAAGGGCACGGGUAAAACAUUGGGCUAUCUAUUGCCGGGCAUAAUGAACAUAGACAAUCAGCGCGGAUUAAAGCAGCGCAAGAAAGGACCCAUUGUCUUGAUUUUGGUGAACGGCCGUGAUGCUGCUGUGACGGUCCAAAGAGAGGUAUUGUACUAUACGAAUCCUCUCGAGCUUAGGACGUAUUGCCUCUUGGGCAGCAGUCAAUGGCAAUUGCAUGCCGAAUGCGAUCUGCUGGUGGCCUCUGCUGGUCGCCUGCUGCAAAUGCUAGAUAACAAAAAACAUGUUGUAGAACUGGAACGCUGCACCUAUUUGGUUGUGGACGGCAUUGACCGCAUGAUUGACGUGGGCCUAGAGGGUAACAUUUGCCGGCUACUAUGCUGUCUACGUAAACGUGCCCAAUUGGUCGUCACCAGCACCUCGUGGUCAUCAAAUCUGAAGCGGAUGGCCAAGAAGUUUAUGGGCCAAUACACCGCGAUUCUCGUGGGUCAAAUUAACGAUUUAGGCAUGCAAUUGCAGAACAUCCGCCAGCGGGUGGAGGUAGUCAAUGGGCUAUCGAAAAUAGAACGCCUUAUGGAGGAGCUGGCUUCCAUUUACGAUACGAGCGAUAAUCCCGGUAAAGUGGUGAUCUAUGUGAAGCGCCAAAAGGUCGUGGAAGAACUGGUGGACUUGAUACGGAAAUGUGUGCCCUGUGAGGGCAUCCAUAGUGGAUGCACUGCCCAGGAGAGGGAAGGAAUAAUCCGAGAUUUUGUCUCUGGCGCCUACAACAUCAUUGUGGCCACGCAAAUGUCUUCGAUUUACUUGGAUGUACCAGGCAUUCGUUAUGUGAUCAAUUACGAUUUCCCGGACACCAUUGAGAAGUAUGCUCAGCGCUUGAGCAGAUCAGGAUGGCUGACGAGUAACAGUAACUGCGAGGUCAUCAGCUUCUUUACCAAGGCAAACUAUAGGCUCGUGAUGGACGUGGUCGAUUUUCUCAAGGUCUGCAAACAAGAAAUUGGACCGCAUCUUCUCCAGAUCGCUGAAGAAAAGGAGUUUGGUCCCCGUCAACGAAAGCGCCAUCGUCCGCCACGCUACAAUCGCAGGCAAUAGGGUCAUUUCGAUAUAGCGAUAUAACGAUAUAUAUCAUUGCCAAAAAUGUUGAUGGUUUAACUACAAUAUAUAAUGGAUUUAACCCUUUAAAUGUUUAUUGUUUAAACUGGGCCAGUUUAAACAGUUUUUUUUCUUUUUGGGGCAACUACAAAAUGGGCUAAUGACGAAUGGGAGGGGCAUGAAUGGCACGUACGCAAAGAAAGUUGAGCAUCCAGAGCUCAGGAGACGUGACGUUAUGCAAGUGAAGAGCAGCAAAGUAAAAUGCAUGGCAGCGCAUCAAUAUUCAAAUACGGUUUCAGUUCAUAAUAAAUCCCUUAUGAUAUUUACAUGUUUAAGAACUACAGCAAUUCACAGAGAAUUUUAAAAA